AUGGAGAAGGCCGGGCGAGGGCGAGGCCUCGCGCCGCGGCCCCUAGCUACAGCGCGCCCCCUCCCCACGCGCACAAUAUGGCCGGGUGGGGGGCGCGGAGGAGUCGGGGUGACCCUCGGUCGGCGUCCCCAGACCCCCGAGGCGUGGCUGCCCUGCCAGGACCGAGCUCACGCGGGGCCCCUGGGGACCCGAGCCCCCUUCCAGACGGAACUGGUUUCGGGGAGCUCUCGGGGUCGCGCUCCCAGCACCCCCUUGUUCCAUGGAGGGGAGAGCGGGAUCCCUUACCUAAGAUUUGGAGAUCCGUGCUUCUGCCUCUCAGCGUGUCCAGGGGCGGGGGUCUUCCUUCCCUCCCACCAGAUGCUCUUGGGGGGGGCGUCUUUUCUCCCGCCAAGAUUGAGGGGCUCUGGCGAUGGGUCUUUGCUUCUCCGAGGUACCCUGAUGGUGCGAGCCCUUGCGCACCUCAGAUGACAGGGGAAGGGGUCUCUAACCUUUCCUUCAGGACCUGCACUUGGGGUGUCUCUUCCCCUCCCUCCCCUCCCUCUCCUUCUUCCCUAAUGUUCUGGGAAAGGGAGUCACAUUUACCCUGCGCACAACCCCUUUGAGUUCAGUGGGGCAAAACCCCCCACAUACACAUGCCCCGUGGAAGCUGUUGGGAGGAAGCGAGACCAACAGGCCCCUAAACGUUUUUGUAGCUUGGCUGUGGAAUCUCUUUAACCCUAGGAAACCUAGUUCCCGAAUGGUUAAUCUGCAUCUAGGUGUAUUUGCUUUCCGCCUCGCCUCCCCCACCCCACCCCAGGGGGCCCAUUCAGUUAAUCACUUUGUGGAUGCCUUUCAGGUGAAAUCCUAGAACCUACCUCCAACCCCCAAGAUUAUUUAAAGAUCCCACCACUGGACCGACUCCGGCCCUUGGUCAGUACUUAUUUACCUUCCCACACAAUCCCUUUUCCCAGCCCUGCCCCCCACGCACUCCCCCACCCUCACACGCCCCUUACCUUCCAACCCCCACCCUUCCCACUCUAGAGGUGGGCACCUUUUCUGUGGGACACCCGGCUCGGUGUGUUGUUUAUGAGGCUUUGGGGGCAGAAAAGAGCAGAUGAAACCCUAAAAUAUUUAACUUAAGAGACUCGUCUUAAAUGUGUUUUGGCAUUGGGGUAGCAGAUGAAGGUUAUAUUUGGCAGUUAUAUUGAAGUGAUUAUUGACCCGCAGAUGGAUCUGGGAGAGACGAUCAGGAUUGUAUUCGCUCCCGAUGUACAAAGCCUGUGCUUUGACUUCUCAGCAGCCCCUAACCUUCCAGCUAUGGGAGAUCAAGUGUGUGCACUGUGGCUGUCCUCUCUACUAAAAAUAAUGAUUCUCAGGUGGGUUCAGGCUUCUUUAAUAAACCAGACAAACAAGAAAAGACAUCAUCCUACUUUGGAGUCUCAAAAACAAGUUCAUUAUCUCCAGCUUUGAUAUUUGCUCCCAGUGGUGUAGCCUGUGCAGUGGGGUCUUUGUUCACUGGCUAAUGCUUCUGUUAAGCACCUCGUGUGUGUUCCUGGGUCUCGCUGCUCUGUGUAUGGGUAACAUGCUGUGGGAUCUGAUAAACAUGGUGAAGGUGUAUGAACACAGGCCGUCGGUUGUGGUAAGAUCAUGGUUUUCGUGAAUAAUAUUUGCCGGGCCUUCUUAUGGGCCAUGUUCUGGGAAUGUGUAACAUGAUGUUAUUUCUCUAGUAGGAUAGUAAAUAAGGAGGCUCAGCCUUCAGGUUUGUCAUUUUGUAUGUGUCUGAGUAAAUCUUUUCAGUUCUCUCCAUAGAAUUUUUUUAUACUGGCCCUAAUAUAUGUAAGAUUUUUUUAACAGCCAUUUCCCUGUUGAUUUGGUGUAAUAUCUGUGGGGUUUUUCUUGUGGUGAGCCUAGUUAAGAAUGUUUAAUUGGUAAUCCAACUGGUUCUGAAUAGGACAGAGUUCAUUUUUUGUAACCUUCCUAAAAUGGAUGUUUGUUGGGAUGAGGAUGGGUGGGCAUAAUAGAGAGUUAGUUUCUUUUUUUGGUAAAUUGGAAAUUAGGUUGUGUGUCCAGCAAACAUUCUCGAAGGCCUUUAAACUUCUUGGCCAGACACUACAGUUUUUUCCGGGACACAUCUAGUUGCCAAUAGUGCAUGCUACAGAGACCACUGUUGCAAAAGGCUGAAAGUAAAACGUCAGUUCUGGGAAAAUAGAGGCUGUGGGAUAACAAGAAGUUGAUUGCUUUCCUCCCCUGCAUUUCCUCUGUGUGCUCCCCUAGGUGGGCUGGAGGAGUGGCAGAGCCAGGGAGCCUUGAUGCCUGGUACUUGGACGUGGCAUGAGGGCAUCAAGGGAUAGGUGUUUCUGUUAGGGCAUGAACUGCGACUUUGUGAAAGGCCAGUGACAAGGAGAAUGAGUUCCAGGUUGUAAACAGCAACCACUUGAUGGGUAUAGCAGGUUCUAAGGCCUACUUUUGGAAUUUCCACAACAGUCUUUAAAAAUAUACAAUUGCAUUUGUUAGUGGUGGGAGAACAUGACAUUCGUUUCUUAAGACCAAAGCAACGAGGGAGACAUUUGAGGUUCUGAUAGGAAUAUUUUGAAUUUCUGUGAGCAGACUUCAUCUAAUUUCAGGCCAAGUCUUAGAAUUUUGUUGAGGGGACAUGGAUUUGAAGUACAGUGAGAGCGAACUCUUGUAGAGAAAAAGAGAAUCUCUGGUUACUUUUGUUAAAAGAGCUCCUGGAACAGAUGUGAUUAAAACAUAAUAAAAUGGCUACUCUGGUUAAAGGUUGGAGCCAGAUGGAGGGAGGAGGCCAGGUCUCAGCCCUAGAACUUUGCUCCCUUACAGGUUGUCCUUGAACAAGUCACUUGCUUAACCUUUCCGUGACUGCCUCAGUUUUCCCUCUGUAAAGUAAGGAAAUGGUGUGUGUAGUUCUUCUUGGGACAUUUGUGAGACUAACUUGCUGAUAGCCAGUUGGCUGGGAGGUAUUUUUAGACACAGUUUCUGACUUCAGUGAAGGAGCAAUGUUGGGCUACUUUUUAUCUUACGGGGCAGAAUAACAUACUCUUGGGAUUGAUAGGGGCACCACAUGCCACCGCGUGGUUGAUUUCUUCUGAUUCGUGCAUAUUUUUGUGGACCGUUUCAGAUUUCCUCAAGUUAAUUUCUGUCUUUUGACAGGCUCUUACAUCGUAUCCCGGGCAGCGUACCUGUGCUAAUCAAAGACAGUCUGGAGGGAGCGACCUGCUUUAGGUUUUAUUGGUUUGGCAACGUUUUAAUUCUUACGCAACUCUGGGUAUGUUUAUGGCACUAUGUAAAUGUUACAUAAGAACAUGGAGGCUGAGAGGUGGCUGGAAUGGUGCCUGUGAACACAGGAAGGUUAGACUGAGGACUUCAUCCGAAAGGACCUUGGGAAUCUGCAGUCAGUACAGGAAGAAGCUGCACUUCAUUUUCCUCUAAAAACCUUUUUAGAUGAUUGUGUCUUUCAGGUGGACUGCUGUGUUAUAAAUAGGUUUAUUCUCCACCGGUGAGCUAAUUGUAACCUUGCUACCAAAAUAUGAAUCAGUAAACGAGGAGACGUGCUGCUGCUUUCGGCAUGUCCUGUUGAAGCUGCUUGUUGCAUUUUGGAACAUGAGUUGAAUUGUGUUGCAGUCUGUUCUCAUAAUAACUCAGGAGUACAGGGUGUUGAGGUGGAAUGGAAUUCUCAGUCCAUGGUGCUUUAGAUCUUCUUUAUUUGUGAAGGUUAAAUUAGAAUACCGAAGUGGCUCUUUUGUUUUAAUUUUGAAAUCCUUAUUGUUUACUGUUCAGCAUUUGCUCAGAGCAGCGGUGAACAUGAAUUCUGGAAUCCCGCCUCUUUGUCUUGAAUUCUUGUGUUACUGGUCUGUUACAGGAGGAGUUGAUGUAAGGGGGUCUUAUCUAAUUUUCCUCUCUGUAUUUAUAAAAAGCAAAUCCUGGAGUCCCCUUUCUCGCCGGUCCCUCCGACGCCGGAAGUGCUGCUGGCGUUGGUACCCCAUCAGUUCGGCCUGGCCUGGGAAUGCCAAAGCCUUGGUCGGAAUCAGCCCCUCAGACCCGCAGUGUGGCCCGCACCUCUCCCACUCUGUAGGCACUGCCUCAUGGUCACGUUCAAAUACCUACCUACCUGCCUGCUCCUGGGGUUCGCUCUCCUCAGUUUCUCUCACACACUUGGUUUGACCUGCGCUUAGGCUUUCAGAGGCACCGUCCCUGCUCUUGCCUGUUCUCUCUGCCUGCCGGCUUCUCCGCCAAGUAUAAAUGUAACACCAAGCAAAAAUGCUAUUUCGGAGCGUAUCUCUCUUUCCCUUACUUGGUAGAGCCGCCAGCAUUUGGUUGAGCUGUGAAGUUUCCAUCCCAGACCAUCUUACCUGCUCUCUGGGUUUCAGAGACAGUGCCUCCUCGGGCAGCUCUGGUGUUCUUUUCGGUUUUCUUCUCUCUCCACUUCAUCCCAAGCCUGCGCUUGUCUCGUUGAAUACCUUGAAUUUAGCGUGAUGAAAGUAACUGCUCUUCCCUUUAAAAGUAUCAGUCACCCCUGAUGUUUACACAAUUACGUAUGGGAGAUUUCUUUAUUCAUUAGGUUGGGUAUGUGUGUGGAAUGGUUCUUGGCUUGGGGAGAUGAUCCCAAGAGAACAAGAGAGAUAAAAAUCCCCGAAUCUGUAACUGUCAUGACAGUAGCAGUGGCUGAGACUGAAAAUAAAUAAGUAAACACAGUUCUCAGUCAUGAGUGCUCCGGAGAAAAUAAAACUGAAUGAUGUGCCAGAUAGAGUGUGCUGUGAGCUACCAUUUCACGUCUCUCUCAACUUCAUGGUUUCAUCUGUAAAACAAGGCUAAUGUAGCCCAGUGUCUUUAUUCAUGGUACUUAUGUUGUGUAAAGUUGACUGGAACACCGGAUUAGCAAAUACUGAACUACUGCUCCUAGGGGAGAGAUGGCGUUAGGUUCCCGUGAGCCACUGGUCACCACAUUUUCGUCAGGCAGUCAGUGCAUAACCUUGCUAAUGUGUGUGUUUCUGUUUAAAGACAUCUUAUUCAAUAUAUAGUGUUGGUUCAUUAGCCUUGAAAUUGAGGCCAACAGUACCACAAUGCAAGCCUGAGCAAUGCUUAUCUGAUACACAUAUUGUCUCCGUAAGGCACAUCGCCGUCGUCUUGAACUUAGGAACGCUGGACAGCGUCUUAGCACUACCCUUGGGGGCCGUUUUAAGUGGUGAAAUCACCAAGAGAAAAAAAUGCAGAAAGGGGAAAAGUGUGGCACAGAGUAUACUAUGAAAAGGACGCAUAUAUAUUUACUGUAUGAAAGCUGGAGCAAGAAGACAGAGCGUCGUCCCCUUGUUCACUGUCAGCCGGGAACACAUGUGUCGGACGACUCACGUUUUUUACCACUCUGCACAUGUGUGUGAAUGCCCGUGAGAACGCCGAGAGUAUUGAUUUUGAGGUUACAAAUAAAUUUUAAUGAGUAUGGAACCUAUGGAUGACCUGUAUUUCGUGAGAGCCAUACAGAUAAUUGUGGCAGAGAUAAAAUUAUAUCGUGUGGAGUUCCAAGAAUUCCUAAAUGGUUUCACUGAACCAGAAUUUGAAUAUAGACAGAAGUCCCAUUUACAGCCUGUAAAUAAGCUAAAUAAAUAUAGAGAGAGUACUACUCUAGUGGUCUGAAGAUUCCUUUAACACAUACUUAUUGAGUACCUACCAUAUGCCAGGCACUAUCAUAGGUGCUAGAGGUACAACAGUAGACGAAGGAAAUAAAAAUGCCUUCCUUCAUGAAGCUUACCUUCUGGCAGGUCACGUGGACGAUAAAUAAAGAUACUAUAUAAGGUGAUUCUGCCUACCAUGCUCCACCCUCUGCCCCCUCCCCCCAAGAUUUCCUGCCUUUGGAAUAUACCACCUUCCAGUUAUGAAACAUGAAUCUAGGCACUGCUUUGAAAGGAUUUUGUAGAUGUAAUUAAGGUCCCAAAUCAGGUGAUCUUCAACUAGGGAGACUGUCGUGGUAGACCUGACCUAACCACGCUAGCCCUUUGGAAGCACUUUUCUCAGCUGAUUGCAGAAGAGGAAGUCGGAAGUGAUCUGGCUGGUUUGGAAGAAAGUAAACAUCCAUGUGUGAACUGCCCAUGGGGGCCACGUGGCCAGGAACUGCGGGCCAACUCCCAGAACUGAGAGUGGUCCCUGGCUGUCAGCGAGGAGGGAAAUAGGGACUUCAGGCUUCCAUCCACAGGGCCGUGGAGUUUGCCAACAACCAGUGAGCUUGAAAGAGGUCCCAGCCCUGAAUGAGAAGGCAGCCCUGGCCAACACCAGUCACGCUGUGUCUGGACUUGUGACCUACAGAAUCUCUCUGCAGUGUGCAUGUACCAGCUGCCUCCAGGCCAACUACACGUGUGAAACAGAUGGGGCCUGCAUGGUUUCCAUUUUCAACCUGGAUGGGAUGGAGCACCACGUGCGCACCUGCAUCCCCAAAGUGGAGCUGGUCCCCGCCGGGAAACCCUUCUACUGCCUCAGCUCUGAGGACCUCCGCAACACCCACUGCUGCUAUACUGACUUCUGCAACAGGAUCGACCUUAGGGUGCCCAGUGGUCACCUCAAGGAGUCUGAGCACCCUUCCAUGUGGGGCCCCGUGGAGCUGGUAGGCAUUAUUGCUGGCCCAGUGUUCCUCCUGUUUCUCAUCAUCAUCAUUGUUUUCCUUGUCAUUAACUAUCAUCAGCGUGUCUAUCACAACCGCCAGAGACUGGAUAUGGAAGAUCCCUCGUGUGAGAUGUGUCUCUCCAAAGACAAGACGCUCCAGGAUCUUGUCUACGAUCUCUCCACAUCAGGGUCUGGUUCAGGGUUGCCCCUUUUUGUCCAGCGCACAGUGGCCCGAACCAUCGUUUUACAGGAGAUUAUUGGCAAGGGCCGGUUUGGGGAAGUGUGGCGUGGCCGCUGGAGGGGUGGCGAUGUCGCGGUGAAGAUUUUCUCUUCUCGUGAAGAACGGUCUUGGUUCCGGGAAGCAGAGAUCUACCAGACAGUCAUGCUGCGCCAUGAAAACAUCCUUGGGUUUAUUGCUGCUGACAAUAAAGAUAAUGGCACCUGGACACAGCUGUGGCUCGUCUCAGACUACCAUGAGCAUGGCUCCCUGUUUGAUUAUCUUAACCGGUACACGGUGACAAUCGAGGGGAUGAUUAAGCUGGCCUUGUCUGCGGCUAGUGGGUUAGCCCACCUGCACAUGGAGAUUGUGGGUACCCAAGGGAAGCCUGGAAUUGCUCAUCGAGACUUAAAAUCAAAGAACAUCCUGGUGAAGAAAAAUGGCAUGUGCGCCAUUGCAGACCUGGGCCUGGCUGUCCGCCAUGAUGCGGUCACUGACACCAUUGACAUUGCCCCAAAUCAGAGGGUGGGAACCAAACGAUACAUGGCCCCCGAAGUACUCGAUGAGACCAUUAAUAUGAAGCACUUUGACUCCUUCAAAUGCGCCGAUAUCUACGCGCUCGGCCUUGUGUAUUGGGAGAUUGCUCGAAGAUGCAAUUCUGGAGGAGUCCAUGAAGAGUAUCAGCUACCAUAUUAUGACUUAGUGCCCUCUGACCCUUCCAUUGAGGAAAUGCGAAAGGUUGUAUGUGACCAGAAGCUACGUCCCAACAUCCCCAACUGGUGGCAGAGUUACGAGGCACUGCGGGUGAUGGGGAAGAUGAUGCGAGAGUGCUGGUACGCCAACGGCGCGGCCCGCCUGACUGCCCUGCGCAUUAAGAAGACCCUCUCACAGCUCAGCGUGCAGGAAGACGUGAAGAUCUAAGCCUCUCCCUCCCCACACGCAGCCCUGGCAGCGGGAACUACACACAGCUGCCUCGUUGAGCGUACGACGGAGGCCUACCUCUCGUUUCUGCCCAGCCCUCGGUGGCCAGGAGCCCUGGUCCCAAAGAGGGACAGAGCCCGGGAGACUCCCUCACUCCCAUGUUGGGUUUGAGACACAGACACCUUUUAUAUUUACCUCCUAACGGCACGGAGACUCUGAGAGCAGAUGGUGUGGAGAACUCGAUGCCACAACUCGAACUGGCUGUAGUGGGAAGUCCUGCAAAACCCGGUGCGUCUGGCGGAUAGCCAGGGUGGCGACGGGCCCCCCCGAGAGGACCCCGGGGGAGCCGCGUGUCGCCAUUGCUGAGCAGCACCGACGGUGUCCUCCAGGGACCAGCUCCGGGGGGGCGGGCGGCACUCUGCGGUGGCCCAGAGGAGCCACGAGUACAGCCCCUGCAAUGGGCAGCUCUGGGCCCCGGGCUCCCCUCCUGUCUCACGCGGGCCUCCAGAGGGACCGCCGGUGGAGGCGGGGCCUGCCGCCUGUCUGUCCAGCCGUGUGUGCAUGUGCCGAGGUGCGUCCCCUGUUGUGCCUGGUCCGUGCCACGCCCUUACACGUGUGUGUGUAUGUGUGUGUCUGUAGGUGCGCACUUACCUGCUUGAGCUUUCUGUGCAUGUGCAGGUCGGGGGUGUGGUUGUCAUGCCGUCUCUGCGUGCUGGUGCCUCUGUUUGGUAGUGAGCAGUGUCUAGUCUCCCUGGUGCCCUUCCCGAAGGUGUCUCUCCUGGCCCCUUCCCCCCAGAACCCCCACACCACAGCAGGACCCCCUUCCCAGCAGGCUGCUCUGCCUGCCCAUGUGUCGGCACCUCCAUUUCAGACCGUGGAACCAAAGCUGGCCAGGUUGUCCGUGGCAGGCGGGGGAGAUUUUUGGGUCCAAAUGUGAGGCAGGGACGGGCGGGGGUGGGCAGGGAAAGAAUCUCGGUGGAAGUCUCGGGUGUUGUGGUCAGCGGCAACCGUGGGAAAUGAGCCAGCCCAAGGG